CAAAUUGGAAUUAGAUAUACCGCCAAGCAGCAAAAAUUAUUAACCGCCCGAAACGUGAAGGUCAUAUGACGCUUCACUCCCACUCAAACCGAGAAUGUGGUCGGAACAGGCGAUCAGUCUGCAUCGCGACAUUUAUGAAAGCGCCCGUUAAUCGUUUAAUUUACGCAGAAUAUAUUUUGUGAUAGCCACGUGCUCUGUGAUGCUUUGUGUGCAACUUUUGGUUAUUCGUCAAGAUGGUGAGAAACUAUGUUAAAAAAUCAAAAUAUCAAUCAUGGGACGAAGAGGAUAUGACAGAUGCAGUUACGGCAGUAAGAACAAACCGGUUAAGUUAUGAGUCAGCGGCAGCUGUCUACAACGUACCACAAACAACAUUAUUUCGGCGAGCCAAAAAAGCUUGCGACAGUCAAGAGGCUUCUACCAAGGGAUUGGGCAGAUUUCGAAGAUGUUUUACUUCCGAGCAGGAGCAAGAACUCGUAAGCCACUGCCUAUUUAUGGAAAGUAGAUAUUUUGGAUUAAGGAUCAAAGAUCUGAGAUUUUUGGCAUACGAGUUUGCCUCUCGUAAUAAUAUUACUCACUGUUUUAAUGAUGACAAAGGACUGGCUGGGAAAGAUUGGGUGCUAUCUUUCUUGCAAAGGCACCCAGAGCUUGCGCUUCGUCAACCGGAGAAAACUUCGUUAGCAAGGGCUACUGGAUUUAAUGCAGUGUCUGUCGGUAAAUUUUUUAAGAUAUUAGAUGACUUAUUUAAAAAACAUAAUUAUACUGCAAGUCAGAUAUAUAAUGUAGAUGAAACAGGUAUAUCUACAGUUCCAAAUAAGCCAUCAAAGAUUAUUGCCUCAAAAGGAAAGAAGCAAGUAGGCACUCUUUCCUCAGCUGAAAGAGGAACAACGACUACCUCAGUCAUUUGCUUUAAUGCCGCUGGACGAUACAUACCUCCUCUCUUAAUAUUUCCCAGAGCUCGAGAAAACUUGGAUCUAUUAGAGGGAACCCCACCCGACACCCACCUUGUGUGUCAUCCUUCAGGCUGGAUGAAUUCGGAUAUAUUUUGUCCCACAUGGUUCGAACAUUUUCUUAAGCACGUUCAACCUACAGCAACGAAUCGAGCUCUACUUAUUCUAGAUGGGCAUGCAAGCCAUACAAAAAAUAUUCGUUUGAUUGAAACAGCUCGAAAAAAUCAUGUGGACAUCUUAUGUAUUCCCCCCCAUACGUCUCAUCGACUCCAACCCUUGGACGUAUCUUUUAUGUUCCCCCUGAGUACCUUUUACUCCCAAGAGUGUGAGCUAUGGCUCAGAAAUCAUCCAGGCAGACAAAUAAGCAUCAGGCAAAUUGGGCUAUUAUUCGGAAAAGCAUACAUGAGGGCGGCAACACUUAAGAAUGCCGUAAGUGGUUUUGAGAACACUGGGAUAUGGCCAUUUAAUCCCAGCAUAUUCCCUGAAGAGGCAUUUGUAGCUAGUGAAACUACUAACAGACCUGAGCCAACGAAUCCUCCAGCAAACACUGAAAAAGCUAAUACAACAGUAAAUAAUACAAAUGCAUCUUACCCUAAUGAAUCUAUAAAGGAACACAUUGAUAUUAAUUCCUCAUCUGACGAAGACGAUGUUCCGUUGAUGGCACUCAAAAAUUUAAUUGCCACCAAUUCCGUUACUUCUGAAAAACAGAACUCAAGCUGCAGCAAAAAUAUAACUGCAGAACCGAUCGCUGGUUGCAGUAAGGAUAUGUUUGCAGGGCCAAUAGCUGAUUACAGUAAAGAUGUACCAAAACCCGUCGCUGAUUUCAGCAAAAACAUGUUAUGCACAGAAUUUGUUAGUUCUGAAAUAGGAGAAGAAACACCCGAGAAUGACGUUGGAUUUGAAGUUCCUGAAAGUCCAGUGAAAGAGAUUAUUACAUCCCAUAAGGAGUCUGGUAGUUUUUGCAGUCCACAGGAAAUAAUACCCGUUCCACAAUGCAGUCAAAAUAUUACUGAACAAAAACCUCGGCGCACUAGAGGGAAAACUGCCGUGAUCACUAGCAGUCCAUAUUAUCUUGAACUAAAAGAGAAAAAUAAAGUCAUCCCUGUUAAAGUAGUCGCACCUGUAAAGAGAAAUGAUGGCGGGGCAUGCAAUAUAGCUAAAACUACUAAAAAUGGUUUAGGGACAUGA